AUGUAUGUGUGGUAUCUUACAUCAGCAGAUCAUGCAGACGAUAAGCUAUUCCUCACGGACCUCACAGACAGCGCCAUUUAUAUUGGCGACAGCAGCGGACCGAACUUCUUCUCAUCUUCCUUCCAAAAGCUGAAUGUUUCUGGGGUUGAGGACCCAGUUGGUGUGGAUUACGAUUACAGGAAUGAAAUGGUGUACUGGACGGAUGAGAGUAGGGGGACAAUCAGUAGGGCUAAACUAGAUGGCUCAAUGCAGGAAGUAUUGGUUGAUGAGUUUGAAGGAGUUGGAUAUCCUGAAGGACUAGUAUUGGAUUUGGAGGAUGAACGAAUGAUUUGGACAGACACCUUACUUGAGAAGAUUGAAAGUGCAAACCUCGAUGGAUCAUCGAGGAAUACUAUCAUUCUCACCGGCCUUUACCUGCCAUGGAGUAUCACACUCUCCUACAAGAGAAAGAUGCUGUAUUGGACUGAGCACGGGGAUGGAGUGUUUAUUGGGGCAAAAAUUGAAAUGGCCACCAAGUAUGGUUUCAAUCGUCGCGUGCUUGUAUCAACUAACAUCUUGCAACCAAACGGCCUGGCACUAGAUAGUCAAGAACAGCGCCUAUACUGGACGGAAGGAUUUUAUGACGUCAUAGAAUCGAUAGAUCUCGACAAUUUAGAUCGUCAGGUGCAUGUCUAUGCAGUGUCUGGUAAUAUAUUACUUUGGGGAAUAUCCCUGUACUUCGAUUCAAUCUACUUUACUGAAUGGGGGUCUUCGAUGCUAUAUGAAGCUGAUCUUGGGGAAGAAGAAAUACGGAACGUGAGCGUCCAUGCAUUUCCUGUUCAUGUAAAAAUCUAUGCAAAUAUCACAUGCCCUGAUCCGAUCAAUUGCGAAGGCAACAGUACGUGUGAGCUGAUCGGAUAUGACAUACCGUCCUGUACUUGCCUGCCAGGAUAUAAUGGGUCAACAUGUAUGGAUGAAAUCACAUGCCCUCUACCUUCUAAUGAAAAUCCUAAUACCCAUUUUGUGGACCCCAGUCCGAUAUACUACAACGGCCAAGCUCUAGUUGAAGCCUGUGAUAACGGUAAAGAUGAAAGAACGCAUGUCUGCAAUGGUUUCACAGGCGAGUGGUACUCAACUACAUUAAUCUACUGCACUGAAUAUGGGGAUAAGAUAUUCCUCACGGACCUUGCAGACAGCGCCAUUUAUGUAGGGGACAACAGCGGACCGAACUUCUUCUCAUCUUCCUUCCGAAAGCUGAAUGUUUCUGGGGUUGAGGGCCCAGUUGGUGUGGAUUAUGAUUACAGGAAUGAAAUGGUCUACUGGACGGAUGAGAGUAGGAGGACAAUCAGUAGGGCUAAACUUGAUGGCUCAAUGCAGGAAGUAUUGGUUGAUGAAUUUGAAGGAUUUGGAUUUUAUAUCGACUCGUGUGCCUGA